AUGGCGAAGGUCAUCGACGGCAAGGGCCACCUGCUCGGCCGCCUUGCCAGCACUGUCGCAAAGCAGUUGCUCAACGGCCAGAAGAUCGUUGUCGUGCGAUGUGAAGCCCUCAACAUCUCCGGCGAGUUCUUCCGCGCGAAGUUGAAGUACUCUGCUUUCCUCCGCAAGCAGACCCGUUACAACCCCACCCGUGGAGGUCCCUUCCACUUCCGCGCUCCCUCCAAGAUGUUCUGGCGUACCGUCCGUGGCAUGAUUCCUCACAAGACCCCUCGUGGUGCUGCCGCCAUGGAGCGCUUGAAGACCUUCGAAGGUGUUCCCCCGCCCUACGACAAGAAGAAGCGCGUCGUCGUUCCCCAGGCUCUCCGUGUGCUCCGCCUUAAGCCUGGACGCAAGUACUGCACCGUCGGUCGUCUCGGCCACGAGUUCGGCUGGAAGUACCAGGACGUUGUCUCUCGCCUUGAGGAGCGAAGGAAAGCCAACGGCGCUGCGUACUACGAGAAGAAGAAGCAGGCACGCAGGCAGCUUGCACAGGCCAAGAAGGACGCGAAGGUUGAUACCAAGGUCACCGAGCAGCUCGCUCAGACCGCAAACAACAAGAUCCUCCAACGCUCCUACCUAGAAACCGCUGAUCGAGCGCGCGGGCUCGCUUACUAUCUGCGCAAAUACAAUCACAAGCGCGUCGGACUGCUAUGCACAAACACUCCUGCCUUCCUCGAAGCACUGUUCGGUAUCGCAGCUGCCGGUGCCGUCUCGGUAGCCGUGAACUACCGGCUGAAGACCGACGAUAUAUCAUAUAUUCUCCAACACUCGGAUGUCGACGUCAUAAUCGCAGACUAUGAGUUUGAGGAGCUGCUAGGGAAAUAUAAGAAGGGGAGUCCCGGUGUCAAGAUCAUCGUGGACACAGAUACAGACGCGACGGAAGGCGAGCUAAGCGGACCAUUUGACGACGCGGUCUUCGAGGGUCUUACCUAUGACCGCGAGAACGGAUCUAAGGGCUGGGCAGACCUAGAAACGCAAGCGAAAGAUGAGGAGAGCGUGAUAGCGUUGGCAUAUACUAGUGGUACUACCGCGCGGCCGAAAGGUGUUGAAUACACGCAUCGCGGAUGCUAUCUCGCCGCGAUGGGCAAUGUUAUCGAUUCCGGGCUCAACUUUCACAAGGGCCGAGCCAAGUAUCUCUGGACUCUUCCCAUGUUCCACGCCACCGGCUGGACAUUUCCCUGGGCCGUCACCGCCGUGCGCGGCACGCAUUACUGCCUCAGAAAGAUCGACUACCCCGAGAUAUGGAGGUUGUUGAAGGAAGAGAAAAUCACCCACUUUAAUGCCGCGCCUACUGUGAAUACAUUACUAUGUGCAGCGAAGGAAGCGGAAAAGCUAGACCACCCUGUGCAUGUUACCGUCGCAGCAAGCCCGCCUUCAGCAUGGCUAUUUGAACAGAUGACAAAUCUAAACCUGCAUCCUGUCCACGUGUACGGCCUCACAGAAACGUACGGCCCGAUAACGAAAGGGUACCAUAUGCCGGAGUGGGAAGAGCUCCCUGAGAAAGAGAAAUAUGCGAAGAUGGCGAGGCAGGGCCACGGCAUGGUAAUGUCGCUACCAUCGCGCGUCAUCAAGACAGACCAACCCGAAGGCGUGCUCAUCGAUGUGGAGCGAAACGGAAAGGAAAUUGGAGAAAUCGUCUUCGAGGGCAACAUCUGCGCGAAGGGCUAUUACAAAGAUGCUGAAGCGACCAGGAAGCUCUGGGCUGGCGGCGUGAGCCACUCCGGUGACCUCGCAGUGUGGCAUCCCGACGGCGCAAUCCAAAUCCUAGACCGAGCGAAGGACAUCAUCAUCUCCGGCGGCGAAAACAUCUCCUCCGUCGCCCUCGAAUCCAUGCUCGCAACACACCCCUUCAUCCUCGAAGUGGGCGUCGUUGCGGUACCCGACUCGCACUGGGGUGAGCGGCCCAAGGCUUUCGUCACCGUCAAAGAAGGCGGAUUCCUCGAGCCCGACGAGGUCAUUACGUGGGCGAAGGAGAAUAGCAAUAUUAGCAGAUUCAUGGUUCCGAGGGAAGUGGAGGUUGUGCAGGAGCUACCGAAAACGAGUACGGGAAAGUUGAAGAAGAAUGUAUUGCGGGAGUGGGCAAAGGGAAAGAGGGAUGCCGUGUAG